UUUGACCCCCUCCCCCGCCUUCUCCACCCCUGCAAAUGAGGUUUGACCAGCAGAGUUAGAGCCCACCUCUGGCUGAAAAGCACUGACAUUUAGACUGCAGGCUUCAACCUGUUUACAAGCGGCUUUCCAAGGGCCUUGGAGGUGGAGGGUAGAGCCAAACAAAACACCAGCCGCCAGCCGCCCCCCAAACAAGAAGUGGCUUUCGGGAGACUUCACAUCAACAGGCACCACCAAAAAGAGAAAGGAAGGAGAAGAAAACAACAGAGCCUGGGCAGCUGCCUCCAGUUCUGACAACUCCAAAGAGACACACUUUUUAAGUUGGCCAGCAGGCUGGGACUCUGCAAGCGAAGGACCAGAAGGUGCCAACCGCAGAGGGGCGCAGAUGUCUUCCUGCACCCCCACCCCACCCACUUUGGGUUUUGUUCACCGUGCUGUCAUCUGUUUUUCAGACCUCUUUUGCAUCUAACAUGGUGAAGAAAGGAGUGAAGAAGAGAACAAAGUAACCCCCGAGUGGGGAGCGGAGAGCGCUGGUGACCGACACCACCAGUUCCUACUGCUGCGGCCACCCACGUCCACUGUUCACCCGGAGACUGGAGAGACACGGGCAGCGGAUCUGAGAACGGAGCGAGGACAGGCAGCCGGCCCUUCCGAGGAGUUAUGGAUGUUGGUGUAUUCGCUUCUGACCAGAUCCGUACCCGGAGGGAGCUAACCAGUAGCCACCACCUCCAGCUGUCUCUUUGCCUCGCACCAGGUCUUACCCUUCCAGUAUGUUCCUUCUGAUGAGACAAUUUCCAGUGCCGAGAGUUUCAGUACAAUGUGGAAAUGGAUACUGACACAUUGUGCCUCAGCCUUUCCCCACCUGCCGAGCUGCUGUUGCUGCUUCUUGUUGCUCUUCUUGGUGUCUUCCGUCCCUGUCACCUGCCAAGCUCCUGGUCAGGACAUGGUGUCACCAGAGGCCACCAACUCCUCUUCCUCCUCCUCCUCUUCCUCCUCCUCCUCGUCCUCCUCCUUGUCCUCUCCUUCCAGUGCGGGGAGGCAUGUGCGGAGCUACAAUCACCUCCAAGGAGAUGUCCGCUGGAGAAAACUGUUCUCCUUCACCAAGUACUUUCUCAAGAUUGAGAAGAAUGGAAAGGUCGGCGGUACCAAGAAGGAAAACUGUCCGUACAGUAUCCUAGAGAUAACAUCAGUGGAAAUCGGAGUUGUUGCAGUCAAAGCCAUUAACAGCAACUAUUACUUAGCCAUGAACAAGAAGGGGAAACUCUAUGGCUCGAAAGAAUUUAACAACGACUGCAAGCUGAAAGAGAGGAUAGAGGAAAAUGGAUACAACACCUACGCAUCCUUUAACUGGCAGCACAACGGCCGGCAAAUGUAUGUAGCAUUGAAUGGAAAAGGAGCUCCCAGGAGAGGACAAAAAACACGAAGGAAAAACACCUCUGCUCAUUUCCUCCCAAUGGUGGUCCACUCAUAGAAGAAGGCACCAUUGCUGGAUGCAGUACAACCAAAGACUCUUUGACCAGGAAGAGUUAGAGUUGAUAUCCUCACAGAAGACUGUAGAGUAAAAGGCGAAGACUUAUCACAGAGUUCAACUUGCUUAAAGGAAGGAAGGCUUUGGAGUCUUUUGUACUCACUGCUGACAUAUGAAGUUCUUUUCAUUAGCUCUGUGUCAUGCCUUAUACCCAAGAUAGAGGCAAAUCAAAUGGAAUGGAAGCUAUCCCCAAGUGAACAACGCUGUGGGCUGGGUUGUGUUUGUUUGUUUGUUUAAGUUUUUCCUUUUGGACUUCUGAGAUAGAACUUAAAGGACCUGGAACAAUCCGUUGAAUGAUCUUUGGGAAAGUUAUUUAUGGAAUAUGAACACAUAUCAAAGACUUUCAUUGCUCACUCAAGCCUGAUGAUUCAAAGAGCAAGAAGACACGCAAGCAUUUACUGGCAAGCACUUGGGUCAUAUCAUAUGCACUACCAAAGGAGCUUUGGGUGUGGCACCGUGGAAGAAUUGGAUCAGAUUUACAAAUAUAAGCAUAUUAGUGUGAAACUGUUCUAACAAUACAAAUAGUAUGGUAUGCUUGUGCAUUCUGCCUUCAUCCUUUACUAUUUCUUUCUAAGUUAUUUAUUUAAUAGGAUGUUAAAUAUCUUUUGGGGUUUUAAAGAGUAUCCUCAGCGCUGCCCUCUGAUUUGCCUUCUCAUUUUUUUUUUUUUUUUUUGGCACCCUACGCGUGAUCAUGACAAAGGGUUUUAAGAACUUGGUGAAGACUUCAGAAAUAGGAGACGAGAUCAAGGGAGCAGCAAAAAUGCCCUAUGUGCUAUCGGUUGACUUCAUUUGCACUUCUGCAAUAAGAACCCUCAGUGAUGACUAUGGCAGAGUCCUGCUGUAGCUUAAGGAAUAGAUAUCUGUCACAUUUGCCAACACGUGUCAGUUCUGAGGCUUCCUUACUUAAAAACAUAUAAGGCCAAAUGAAUUCUCUUUCAUUGCCUUAUUUUAUCUCCAUAAAUAUACUAAAACAAGGGAAAUUAAUUUUUAGAUUUUAGCCUAACCUUGUUUUUUUGUUUGUUCAUUUUCUGUUUUCUUUUUUUUUUUUCUGAUGAUGGUUCACUAUAGGACACAGUCAAAAAUGAUGGAAUGGUUAUCUUCAUAUGCAAGAACCCUUUGUAAGUCUCACAGAAUGCUUCUCCCCUAAAAGAACCAAAAAGGAAUUUGGUAUGACAUACAACUCUCCCAGGGGCUAAAACUGAGCAAAUAUAUCCUGGUAUAUGUGUAACCAUAUGCUGAAACCUGUUCAAGCUGUAUGAUCUAGUCUUUACAAAACCAAAUAAAGCUUGUUUUCUGUACAUUUAAAGUGUUCUAGAAGAUUCUAUAAUAUAACCACAUCAAAAUUCAUUUUCUUAGAGCAGGUAUAGAAAGCAGUACGUAAGUGUACGAUUCACUGUCACUUUGUAUUUCACUAAAUAAACACAUAAGCCUUAUUUGCAGUGUCUGUAAUGAUUUAAAAGUGUAAAAAACAUUAUUUGUUCUAAAUAUUUUAAAGGAUAAUUUUAAGUCUAUAUUGAUGCUGCAGUUUUAUCUUAUUUCUUGUUUUGGAAGAUCUGUUCAUUUUUAUUGUCUUGAUAUAGUAUUUUUGUACAAACAAAAGACUAAGCAAGCAUUCUUUUUACUAAAAAUUUAAUCUCUACAAAGGCUGGUGAUUUGUGGACCUUUUGCCAGUGCAAAUCGGUUACUUAAAAUAUUAAGUUAAAAGCUAAUCAGUAAUUUAAAAAUCCACUUUGCUGAGAACGUUCUCGUAGAGUAAUUCCACUAAAAUCAUACUUUGUGAUUUCUUUGUAAAGCAUUAGUUCAAGAGAAGUGCACAGAGUCACAGUGCUUAUGUUUAUGGGUAUAGCUGCAUUUCAUGGUAUUUUUCAUUCAACUUGUUUUGUGACAAAUGGGAUUUUAAAAAUGUAUGCUUUUUUGUGGUUGGAUUCUGUACAUUCACAUUUAAUUGGUAACUGGGUCUGAGAGCUCUAAUGUAAUGCAUCCCUAGAAAAACUAGGUGUCUCUCUUUUUCUUUUAUUUUAAAAUAAUAAUUAUACCUGACACAUAAAUACAGACCACCCACAACCAAAAUUAAAUGUUUGGGGAGACAAACUAUAGUAUUCAAUGACCAGAGUAACAGCAAAUAGGGCAGACGUUGGAUUCUUAUUUCACAUUGCCAUUUAGAUUACUAAAGAGACUACGUGUAAACAGUCAUCAUUAUAGUACUCAAGACAUUAAACAGCUUCUAGCAAAAUGUAUCAAAGCUUGCAGAGUCCAAAAAUAGAAAACAUAUUUUCCCCUUCCCCACGCUACACCGUUCUCUGUAUACAAGUUAACAGAGAUAAAUACAGAAACAAUUCAAUAAGGAGUGAGGAUUUUUCCGCAUUAAAAAAAAAUUGCAUUUUUGUUUGGUAAUAGUAGUCCCUUUUGCAACUACUGAUAGAAAAGAAGUUCAGUCCUGAAUGUUGUGUGUUAAAGAAAAAAAAAGCAUCACUAUUUUGGGAGCUGUGCCUCCGUGGGAAGUGUGGGCACUGGUCCACCAUGCUAAAGCGUGUCAGUCACAGACACAAAGCCAUGUGAGCUGUGAGUGCUGGCGCUACGGUUCCUUGAUAUAGAAUCACUCCUUCCUUCUACCCACCCCCCCAAAAGGCUGAACAGUGUAUAUUAUGUUACAUUUAAAUAAAGGCAAUAAAAUGCUGGGAAAAGAAAAUGAAAAUACUGUCCUUGGUUUUUUGUUUUUUCUUUUUUUUUUCUUUUUAUUAGCCUAAACUCUACCUGGUAAUGAGAGAAUCUCCGGGCUUGUGUGCAUGGCAGGAUGUGGUUAAAUGCCCCACAGCCCCAAACAACAACAACAGAAAAAAAAUUGCUCAAACAUUUGUAAGGUUUCUUUAAUGUUUUACAUGUGUGAGCCGGCUAUCCUUACCCUAAUAACAACCAAAUGCUUUCAGUUUUCCUAACUAUUCAGGUCCACCUAGUUUACACAGUGGAUAAAGAAGGAUGAAUUGAAAACCAGGAUGGCUUGUGCAACAAUGAAAGGCUUUUGGAGAAAAGCCAGGAGCUGCAAAAUCAGACUUCCAGGGGAUGGAAUAGACCAAUGAAUUUGAUUUGAAAAGUAGGCAGGAAAAAAAAGCUAUAAUAAUGCAAGUUGAUUCCAGGGUCCAAGUUUGUAGACAUAUUUCCAGUAUGGAACAGUAGUUUUGUGUGGCACAGUUCUAAAAAUUAGAAUGCUGUUAAUUCUUGGUUUGAGUAGUCAAUAAUGUAAACAACAUGUUCCAUAUCAGGAAUUUGCUAGCCCUAAGUUUUUUUUAAAUAAAGAUAUAGGUACAGGAAGUUAGAAUAUUUCAGAGAUAACAGUCUUCACUUUAGAACAACACAUAUGGAUGUAAAGAAAUCCUGUGUCAAGAGCUCUGUCUACCUCGACAGAUGACACCUCUGCAGUUCAAACCAAGGUAUAAAAAUGAUUUAUCUUGGAAGGGUGCUGGGGGUAACAUCAGAACUCUUCCAGAACUGGGAAAUGAAGCCCUAUUCACUUGUUGGCCUCCUUCAGCCCCUUUCAACUGAUUGGCGGUAGAUAGCUGGGGAGGCUUGCUUCCAAUUUGUUUCUUUCCAACUCCAAAACCCCAGAUUUUCUCUUCUCAAGAUGAAAAAUAGAAACAUCCUAGGCAUGACUCUUAUCACUCUGUUUUGAGAAGUUAUCAAUCCACCUCAGAAGCAGGGGACUUGCAUGGCAAGGAAUUUAGGCGCUGUGAAGGAGCAGUGUUCACUCAGGUGACCACGAAGAGGAAGGACAGAGUUGUUGGAAGUUCACACACAAGAUAGAAAAAUUAGCCACUAAACUGAAGAGGAAAAGAGGAAGGACAAUAAGAAAAAGUAACACAUUCAGUAGUAGGCAGGUACAAAAUUGUGGGUGAUUAAAAUAAACUAUAUUUUUAAUCAAUUCCAAUCAUUUGCCAUUUGUUUUUCCAAAGGAGAAAGAUGUAAAGGUCUUUCUCUUUUGUGCAGUUGUUAAAUGAAAGUAAUAUGUCUGUUUUGCCAUAAGUCAAGAAGAAGGCCCUGAACAGAGCCAGGCUAUCUGUAGUUUUGCACACCUUAGAGAAUGGUCGCUGGAAUGACUUACAGGUUUACAGCGAAAAGAAGCUGAUGCUCGCGGUAAAUACUAACUUGUAUCAUAAUGAUGCUGGAAACACUUCUUUAAACGUCUCCCAUGAACAUGUGAUUUUGAGAAAUCAGCAUACAAAAAGAGUUGA